CUGUGGCGCUCACGUUCCCUGCUGAACGACGUUCGCCGAGAGGACUUUGGCAGACCUUAGCUAAAAAAACACACACACACACGCCGACCUUUCCACCAGGAAAACAAGAAGAUGGCGGCGAUGUGGCCUGCUCGGAUGUGGAAAUCGCCAGCGUUGUUGGCGCGGAGUUGUGUGGCGUUGACUUUCACCAGGGCAAAUAGUAAAGGUGAGCAAAAUGACAAAGGGUGGUUUCGAUCAUUAUUCGUCCACAGAGUAAAGCAGAGAAAAGAUGCUCACUCUAAUCUUCUUUCCAAGAAGGAAACUAGCAGCUUGUAUAAAAUGCAAUUUCAUAAUGUGAAGCCAGAAUGUUUAGAUGCCUACAACACCUUAUCGGAGCAAAUGUUGAAAAAGCUACAUGACGACUCUGACUACCCAUGUGAGAUUGUGGGGAGCUGGAAUACGUGGUAUGGUGAGCAAGAUCAAGCAGUGCAUUUGUGGAGGUUUUCUGGUGGUUAUCCUGCUAUGACAGAUGCAAUGGAGAAGCUAAAACAAAAUAAGGAAUACCUGGAAUUCCGAAGGGAAAGGAGCGCGAUGUUGCUGGCACGGAAGAAUCAAAUACUCUUGGAGUUCAGUUUCUGGAAUGAACCACAAGCCCGACCAGGACCUAAUAUUUAUGAGCUCAGGACAUACUAUUUAAAGCCAGGGACCAUGAUCGAAUGGGGUAACAACUGGGCUCGAGCCAUUCGGUUUCGCCAGGAAAACAGUGAAGCUGUUGGUGGGUUCUUUUCACUGAUUGGUGACCUCUAUGUAGUGCAUCACAUUUGGGCUUACAAAGAUCUUGAGUCCAGGCAUGAAACAAGGAAUGCAGCUUGGCAGAAGGCCGGAUGGGAUGAAUGUGUCUAUUAUACAGUUCCAUUGAUCCGGAACAUGGAAUCGAGGAUUAUGAUUCCACUAAAGGUCUCCACCUUACAAUGAUGAUGGAUUAUUUUACUUGGGUGCUGAGUUUCCACUUGGAUAUAAAGACUGCACAGAGUCAAUGUAGUCAUCAUUGAUUCCUCAAAUCUUAGCCAUCAAUAAAUAUGUAACCAUUCUUGUGGAGAGAUUGAUGUUUACCGGAUAUAUAGUAGCAGGCUGCACUUUAACCAAAUCACAGAAUUUACAUGUGGAAAAUCCUAUCUGUUCCCAAUGGGUGAUCAACCCCAGGACAAGGAUUAUAGAGUACCCGAUUAAUUACAUCCCAUUUAAGAAAGCUCCAUUAACUGUAAUGUUGGAUAAAUUCCACUUUUUCUAAUGUUCUGAUGUAUCAAUUUUCAGGUGUUUAUAUUGGCACUUAGAUAAACUACUCCCGAAUUAAAUUGCUGACAUUAUUUGUUGUUAAAAUUGACUAAAUGAGCCCAUUUGUCUAUCUCUAGGGACAGUGCAUCUUGUAGAAAAUCACGUGCUUUUCUAAUUUCUUUCUAAAUUCUAGUAACAUUUCACAACAAGUGAACAGCGUUCACUUCACAGGAACCUUUCUAUUAAUAUUCUGAAAUCAUGUGGGUAAUUUUGGAAUACACGAUACUUUAUAAAGUGGCAUCAGUCACUCACAACAUUAUUCCUCUUAGCUCUCCCUAAUUCCUUGAUACGGUCACUUUUUUAAUGGAUAUUUUAUACAAUUCUCCUUCCGAUUAGAUAGGAUGAUUAAUGUUCAAUGAUUCCAGGUGUUGACAUCGGAAAGCCAAACUACUGAAAAUUAAGGCACACAAAUUGGCUGAUGUUUGGUGACACUUGGUUCUGCAAUAAGUCAAGGAGCAUUUUUAAAAUUCUAAUUGAAGCUGCUUAUGUGACUGAUGCUAUUCUUUGAGUGAUUUUUUUUUAAUGUGAUGGGGACAUGGUUUUAAUGCAUCGGUUAUUGAGCGAAUCUUGAAUUAUUUCAAAAUCUGUUUACAGUUGAAGUUUUAACUGCCGUUAAUUUUUUUGUGAUUAAUGUUUGUGAUGUAUUUUUAAAAAUGUACAAAUUUUAAUUAUGUAACUAAUUAAAAGUAUACAUUUUGAGGUA